GUUUCCACUCACGGUUUUGUUCUAGAGAGACGGAAGCGAUUUUCUAUGUCAAUCCAUCAACUGAGGAGGCUUUUCAGUCCAAGUCCGUCCGUCUGAGCUAUUGUCUCUUGAGCCUUAGCAUUUUCAUCGGCGUCAUUGAGUGUUAGCGCCUUGGACAAGAUCUUGCUGUCCAGAGCGAAAACAAAUAGGCCAUGGCAGUCGAAGAUGGAAAGGAGACGAAUGUUUGCCAAGCACUACCAGCUUGCCAAAUUAGUGAUGGGAACCUGGCACAAGGAUCAUCUGAGGUUGUCACGGAUAUUCUGAAAGAGGAGAUUCCGGAAACAAAAAUGGGUACGGAGGCCGCUAGCACUUCCUUUGACGAACCAGAAGAUAGUAAAGCCAACGGUUUCUCCGAUAGUCCCACUGUUCUAGAAGCAUUAGCUCGUGAGUCAACCUGUGUUGUCUCUUAUCAGUCUCCUUCUCGGACAGAAGCUACCAGCAUUUCAGCUAAUGAUUCCGAAACUGUUGUAGCAGCAACGGUUUAUUUAGCACAGACUGUAGCUGACGAUUCAUCGCCAUCUGCCACGCAAGUCAAGAAGGAGUCGCCGUCACACCGCCCUAUGAUGAGUCCUCUUGGCGGAGCCAAAGGUGUUUUGCUGCUAGCUGCUGAUGACGAUGCGCAGAAAGAGGAUCAUGAUGACGAUGACGCGACUCGUGAUGCACGGGAUCGACCGUCUAUAAUGUCAGAUUAUCAAAGCUGUGACGGCGACUUGUCACAGGACGCAACCAACGAGUCUGGAGGUUGUGCGAAUGUAGAUGUCAAGGAACUGGUGAACGUUGCUGCUUGGGUGGAUUCAACAACGGGUGAUAACGAGACCGCCGAAGGGAUUCCAGGAGAGCUUGUGGGUGAAGACCAAGACGAUCCUAUCAACUUCAACUCAGAAAAAUGGGUCGCUGAUCAGCAACUACAAGAGGAGCUGGCAGAGGAGCGGGACCGGAGCGAGAAGCUAAGAAUCAAGGUGGAGCAGCUCGAACGCGUGGUACAAAAGAUGAAUACCGGUAGAGAUGAGGUGGAAAAGUCCUGGGAAGCCAAGAAGAUGGACAUGGAUCGCAAGAUUGACGAGUUGAAGGAGAAGAAUCGCCGAGUGAGGGAGGACUUGUCAAAGGCCAAGUCGGAGACCUCAAAUGUCAGAUCAUUGCUGCAGCAGCAGAAACGUGAACUCGCGGCCGUCCGGGAUAAGCUAGCCGCUCAGGGCCGCAAGCUGGUUGACUCAGAGGGUCAGAACACUCUGUUAAAGGAGCAGCUGGAAGGCCUUCAGCAAAAGAUGCAACAGAAGCUCACGAGGAUGCAUUCGGAGCUUCAGGCUCUUCGCAAGGACAAGGCGGAUGUGGAGGUUCAGGUCAUGGAGCUCGCAGUUGCACAAGACGAGCAUCUCGCGUCUUUCAGUACUGUUUUCCGCAGCCUAUCUUUGAUCGAGGAAGAGAAAGAGGCCAUCAGGAAGAAGUUUUUCCAAGAGGCGGAGAAGAGGAAGAAGCUACAGAACGACCUGAUCGACCUCAAAGGAAGCAUCCGUGUAUUUUGCCGUGCGAGGCCGCUGUCAGAGGAAGAGGAAAGAUUUGGUGUUCAGCCGGCGGUGCUGCUGGACGCGGACCCUCAUGGCAGCCAGAUGGUGUCGGUGCGGUCAGCCAAGGACGGUCAGAGCAAGGUGUUUGAGUUCGACCGGGUCUUCUCUCCAGCAACCGGCCAAGCUCAAGUGUUCAAGGAAGCGGCUGACGUAAUUACGUCGGUUCUGGACGGAUAUAACGUAUGCAUCUUCGCGUACGGACAGACGGGCACGGGGAAGACGUACACGAUGGAGGGCCCCGCGGACAACAGGGGAGUGUCGUUCCGCACGCUGCAGGAGCUGUUCCGACUAGCCAAGGAGCGACGGGACAGCAUGGAGUACAAGAUCGUGGUGAGCGUGCUGGAGGUGUACAACGACACCAUUCGCGACCUCCUCGCGCCUGCUCCCGCCGGACACGCUGCACCAGCCAGCAAGAAGGGACUGGAGGUGAAGCAGAGGCCAGAGGGCGGUAACUACGUGCCUGGGCUGGUGGAGCAGGAGGUGGGCAGCGUGGAGGAGGCAUGGAAGGUGCUCACGUCCGGCUCCAAGGCUCGUGCCACCAGCGCCACCAGCAUGAACGAGCACUCCAGCCGAUCCCACUGCCUCGUCUGUGUGUCCGUGCACGCCCAGCCAGCGGCGUUCCUGCGCUCCAGCAAGGACAAGGAGGCCGCCGGACCCUCGGGUGCAAGUGCAGCAACAGUGAGCCGCCUGUGGCUGGUGGACCUGGCGGGCAGUGAGCGUGUGGCCAAGAGCGAGGCGGAGGGAGAGCGGCUGAAGGAGGCGCAGAACAUUAACCUGUCGCUCUCGUACCUGGGAGAGGUCAUCAACGCCCUCGCCAAACGAGCCAGCUUCGUCAACUUCAGGAACUGCAAGCUGACGAUGCUGCUGCAGGACUCUCUGGAAGGCAACGCCAAGGUGCUCAUGUUCGUGCAGGUCAGCCCGAGUGAGAAGGACAGCGUGGAGACCGUGUGCUCGCUGCAGUUCGCCUGCAGGGUGCGCGGGGUGGACUUCGGCGCUAACAAGAAGCACACAGACGUCCCCCGCCUCAAGCAAGCGCUGGAGAAGGCCAAGGCGGACUGCAAGGAGGUGAAGGAGGCGUACAAGAAGCAGAGCGAGGAGCUGGAGGAAGUGAGGCGCCGGACAGCCACAGAGAAGGAGAAGCUCGUCUCUGAGCUGCAGAUGCAGAUCCAGGAGCGCAAGAGGGAAUGUCAGGACCUAAUGGACAAGCUGGAGCAGGCAGUGCAACAGCAGCAACUGCAGCAGGCGCAGCAGCAGCAACAGCAGCAGCAGCAGGCCAAGGCAGACUCUUCCAAGCAGCCAUCAGUCUCCGCAGGCUCACUUCAGGCGGCCUCCCAGGGGCCACAGGCGAGUGGGGCAGAGGAGGAGGAGGCCGAGCACACGUCCUGCAAUGCGGCGAGCCUGGAGCAGACCAGCGAUGCAGGGGAGGCCAGUGCUUCUGCUGUCGUGGCUACUGCAUCUUCUGCUUCCGCUGCUGCUGCCGCUGGUGAUGAUGGCGCGGAGGAGGUAUCCCGUCCUCGUCCGGAGUCAUUUGUAGAUUCCGCAUUGGCUGCAGGAGCAGUAGGCAAAGAGGUGGAGGGUAGCGAGGAGGAGAAGGGCGAGUUGGCUCAGAAGCAUGCUGGUGACAGAGCCCCCUCUCAACCUGGGGAUUCUAUGAAGGGUGGAGCAGGAGAGACUACUGGCGCUUUUGAGAAACGGGUGGGAGCAGGUAGAGUCACUACUAGGCUUCCUGCAGCAACCGCUGUUGCAGGGGGGUCAUCUCAGAAUGCUACUGUGGCAGUGACGGCUUCUGGAGUUCCCAAGGCACCAGCAAGGCAACUCGGGAGCAAGAUCCCUGUUAGAUCUGCCUCUUGCUCCACGGGAAGUGGUGUUUCUUUUGCUGCCAGUGGUUCUGCUGCUGCUGGUGGUUCUGCUGCUAUAGCAGAAGUGACUGAAGCUGUGCGCAUGGCGCGCAAGAGGACUGGAAGGAUGUCCCUAUCUGUGCUUCCAGGGAGCCGCACGGGAGGAGCAUGGGGGGGCUUGGGCAAGGGGGAGCGGAGGCGUGAGGCGUGGGAUGACUACGCUAUGCUGGGCUAUGCACCCGCUGCUAAGAAGAUGAUGCUGCGUAGGGCCACUGCGACCGAUGCUGCUGGGGUGGAGAUUGGAGAAAGGCUGGAGAGGUUGGAUGAAGCAGCAGCAGGGACGGCUGGAGAUCAUAGGGCUUCUGGAACGGGGUCGGAUGUGGGAGGGGCGGUGAAGACCCGGAAGCCUGGCAGGCCACCAUUGGCUGGGUUGCGGACGAACAAGGUGGUGGUUGGGCGGGAGUGGUAUGACGAGUGGAGGAGGCAGUCAGCCGAUGUUUCGAAGGGGCUUAAGCGCAACCCGAACGCCACUGUUCAAGCAGCAGCUGAAGGAGCUAAGAAGGAGGUUUGUGAUGGUGAGAGUGUGGACGCAUCUGGUGAGAAGAAGAGCGAGGAGGGGGGGCAGGCACCACGUCUGCAGCAGCUUGUGCAGCGUCAGCAUCACCACGUGUUUGCAGCUGGGUCAGCUGCUGCUUCUGCUGCUGCUGCUGCUGGGGAGGCCACAGCACCGGCUGCACACAGCCAUGGCAUUCCUCCCAUUGCAUUUGGCAGCAGUGUCAGGCAGAAUGCCAUGCGGAAGUCAGGGUUAACUGCACCCACGCCAUCAGCACUGCCAUCACUGCAAAAGAUGACACUGUCAGGUGGACCAGCAGCUGCAGCAGCUGUGCUUGAUGGCCUUCCUCCCUCUGGUCUCAGGAGGCUUGCUGGCCAUGGCAGUGGCAGCCUCAUUGGCAGUGGUGCUAGGGUGGGAGGGAAUGCAACAGCCAUUGCAGCAGCUGCAGCAGCAGCGGUGGUAUCGGCUGUGGCAGCACCAACAGCAGGACCAUCUCUCGCCCUUAAGGGAAGCACGGUGGCGGUGGGUUCAAGUGGUCUGAAGGCACUUGGUGGUGGGGCUCAGAGGGUCCGUGCUGCUGGAGGGGCGGCAGCAUCCAGGCGUGGGCGCAUGAGUCUGGCUGCCGGGAUGAAGUUUUCGCAUGAUGGCGGCCUGAUCCCUCUCGGAUCUGAUGGUGGCGCAAGGAGGAAGGAGAAGGUGGCCGGAGUUGGGGUUGCUGCAAGGGGGGGAGGGAUGGAGUCGAUCAAGUAGGCUUUGAGGUUUCUCAUAGUUUGCUGCAUGUGUAGGAUACAAUACAAGUGAUGGGCGUGGGAUGUGAUUGAGUUGGGCACUAACUAGCGGUACGUUUUUAGGCUCAACUUAACUUAUGUGUAUUUAUGCAUUUCCAUUACUA